CGCCAGGAAAAUCAUCAUAACUUGCGACAAUAGACUUGCCAAGCCGAAGCUGUUCCUCAUCCGGGAAGACGAAAUCAAAGCCACGCAAUGUUCUUGCCUUGUUGAAUCUCUCGCGCCUAGCCUAGCCGCCAGCAUAAUAGCACCGCGCGCUCCUAAUUCGUUUGGACACUGGGACGACACGGCAGCUUGCAUGGAAGAACAAGAUGAGAUCAAUGCCGAGCACAUCGUCGUCGUGGGCGCCGGCCCCGCCGGCCUCGCCGUGGCUCUCGGGCUGCACAGGAAAGGGGUGAGGAGCGUGGUGCUGGAGUCGUCGCCGGCGCUGCGCGCGUCCGGCUACGCCAUCACGACGUGGCCCAACGCCUUCCGCGCGCUCGACGCCCUCGGGGUCGGCGACAAGAUCAGGAAGCUCCACCUGCACAUCCAAGGGCUGCGUGUCUUCUCUGCGUCCACCGGAGAGAUCGCACACGAGCUGGAUUUCACGCUGCAGGAGAAUGGAGGACCUCAUGAGACCUGCCGCGUCAGGCGUGACCUGCUGCUCCGGACGCUCGAGGAGGAGCUGCCGACGGGCACCAUUCGCUACUCGUCCAAGAUCGUCUCCAUCGACGACCAAGACGGCGCCGCCAAGAUCCUCCACCUCGCCGACGGCUCGACUCUCAGGGCAAAGGUGCUGAUCGGCUGCGACGGGGUCAACUCGGUGGUGGCGAAAUGGCUGGGGCUCCCCAAGCCGUCCUACUCGGGGCGCUUGGCCACGAGAGGCCUCGCACAUUACCCCGACGGCCAUGGUUUCGAGCCCGAGUUCCUGCAGUACAUCGGCCAUGGCUUCCGCUUCGGCUUCCUGCCCUGCGACGACACCCGCAUCUACUGGUUCUACACCUGGUCUCCCUCCCAGAACGCGAGUGCGGACAAGGGCGUCGACGUCGAGGGCGCCGCCAAGAUGAAGCAGCACGUGCUGGCCAGGCUGAGGAGCUCCAAGGUGCCCGCGGGGGCGCUGGAGGUGGUGGAACGGAGCGACAUGAGCGACGCGUCCGCCGCGCCGCUGCGGUUCCGUUCGCCGCUGUCGCUCCUGUUCGCGAGCAUCAGCAAGGGCAACGUGUGCGUGGCCGGCGACGCGCUGCACCCGAUGACGCCGGACCUGGGCCAGGGCGGCUGCUCGGCGCUGGAGGACGGCGUCAUCCUGGCGAGAUGCCUCGGCGACGCCGUCCUUGGCGGGGAGGCUGGCACGGAGGAGGAGAGGAUCGAGUCGGGCCUGCGCGAGUACGCCGGGAUGCGGCGGUGGCGGAGCGUCCAGCUCGUCGGAGCCGCCUACAUGGUCGGCUUCGUGCAGCAGAGUGACAAUGCGAUCGUGAGCUUUCUCCGGGAGAAGGUGCUGGCCGGAGCGCUCGCGAGAAGCCUGGUGAAAAUGGCCGACUACGACUGCGGAACACUCUGAUGGACGAGUGACCUGACGUGGUCUUUUUCAGGGCGAGGGUGCAUCGAGGUGUAGUGUAGUCUGAACCAUUUUCCCCUUCCAGGUUAACCGUCGUUGGGUCAGUUUGCCCGCGCCGGUUUCCUGUGGCUCUUGGGCCUGCCUGAGGGAAGAUGUUGUUUGAUUUUUUGUGUAUGUCUAGAGCAUAUCUAGAUGUGCAGUUAUUGCACAUCUAAGUGAGUGAAUCAAGUAUAAAGAGAAAAAAAAAGAAAAAAAAUAUUCACACGAAUCUCAAUGUAACAUCAAUGACAUAUGACUUAGAUGUGUAAUACUUAUGACACAUUUAAAUGUGCUUUAG